CCUGUUCGAUUUGGUGUUUUGCUGGGAUCGUCAAUAGAAUGGCAUGCAGUUUCUUCAUGGACAUGGGACGCUCAGGAUGAAACUUGUGGUAUAUGUAGGAUGGCUUUUGAUGGUUGUUGUCCUGAUUGCAAACUCCCUGGUGAUGAUUGUCCACUAAUGUGGGGUGCUUGCAACCAUGCAUUUCAUCUUCAUUGUAUCUUGAAGUGGGUGAAUUCUCAAUCUGGUCAAGCACAUUGUCCCAUGUGUCGUCGUGAAUGGCAGUUUAAAGAAUGAAGAAAGAUUCUGUGCAUCUUUUGCUCAUGAAUGGCAGUAGAAGGUGAAUUCAAAAUUUAGUCCACAACUAGGAUUCUCUAUUUCAUCCCUCCUGAGAGAAGGGCUAAAAAGUGCUUGUUUUCUAUUGUAUUAUGGUAUUCUGGUGUCCGUGUGUGAUACUCUAAUAUUCUAGCAAGCAUAGCUGUGCUUAUAUGUGCUCAUCCCUGUAUAUCGUUAUUAGUUUAAUGCCAACACUAGGCAGCGUAUCUGUGUCAACCUUGGAAGCAGGUGUAGAUGUUCUAUGGGCAUUCCAUUCUCUGUCUUCAAUACAUCAAUGGCCAACCAUUGAUUGAGAAGAAAAGGACAGAGACACUUGCUUCCGCUCCAAAGUAGGCUGCCUUUACAAACUUGCCUCUCCCCCAUUUCUGCCCACAUGAAAUUGGAAAACAAGUAUUAAUUGACUCUUAACAUAUUAGUGCCUUGUGACUUUCCAUUGGCCAUGUCCAUGAGCUAUCAGGCACGUGCAGGACCGUGACAUAGCUGGCAUAGGGACUAUGUUUGGUUUGUGAAUUGUGAUAUAUCUCGGACUCAGUUGUAAUAUCUUGUGAAUUGAAAAUAUCUUGAAGGUGUUUGGGAAUCUGAUUUCUGAAUUCUGGUGUU